AUGGCCGGACCGGUAGGUUCGAUGUGCGGAGAGGGGGGGGGAAGCCUUAUUGAGCACUGUACAGCACGGGAGCUUGAAGCUGAGCCAGGAGUGAGUAAUGUUGGUCGUGGGGGCGAGAUGUGGAUUGUUUCUCAGUUACAGGGUUCGAUGGAAUCUGUUACGACCAGUGCUAAAUGCGGGCAAGGUGGGGGGGGGGGGGGGGGGGGGGCUUUUAAGGUUUGA